UAGGUCAAGUACGUAUUGGGUCAAGGUAAAACAGAGCGGUAAAUAGAAAACAAAUACCUCGUUCUCAUCAAUACCAUAACAUUGCGUUACAUAAUACUUAUACGAAAACGAGUCAAGGGAUAACUGCAGCAUGGCAGCUACACAACCAAGCCAAAAAGAUCCGAACAGUAUUGCCGAGAUCUUCAAAAAGAUGGAUUAUGGCCCUGCUCCAGAGGCCGAUAACGUCGUACAGGCAUGGUUGCAGGACCAUAAAAGAAGCUUCGGGCAUUUUAUUGACAACAAAUGGGUAAUACCUGAAGGGAGAAAGACCUAUGAGACCAAGAAUCCAUCCACUGGUGAAGUCUUGGCAUCUACCAUCCAGGGAGAAAAGGCAGAUGUCGACCUUGCAGUGGCCUCCGCAUGCAAGGCUUAUGAAACUUGGAGUAAAACCCCUGGUCAUGUGCGAGCCAGGCACUUAUACAGUAUUGCCCGUCAUGUGCAGAAACACAUGCGUCUGUUCAGUGUACUGGAGAGCAUGGACAAUGGCAAGCCAUUCCGUGAGACUAGAGAUGCUGACAUUCCCACCGUAGUCCGCCAUUUUUAUCACCACGCAGGCUGGGCACAACUCAUGGAUAUGGAGAUGAGGGGAUGGAAGUCAGUGGGUGUUGUUGGUGGCAUUGUGCCCUGGAACUUCCCUCUGAUGUUGCUCACUUGGAAGGUUGCCCCAGCUUUAGCAAUGGGGAACACUGUAGUCCUGAAGCCUGCUACGUACACGCGACUGAGUGCCUUGUUACUGGCAGAAGUGUGUGCUGAGGCUGGCCUGCCACCUGGUGUGUUUAAUGUGGUCACAGGGAAUGGUGCCUUUGGUAGCUUGCUGGCAUGUCAUCCUGAUGUUGAUAAAGUGGCCUUCACUGGAUCAACACAGGUAGGACAGACGCUGCGGCGUGUCCUGGCAGGCACAGGUAAGAAAUUGUCCUUGGAGCUUGGUGGCAAGUCUCCAGUGGUGGUUUUUGAGUCCUCAGAUCUGGACAGUGCCGUGGAGGGAAUAGUGGAUGCCAUCUGGUUCAACCAGGGACAGGUUUGUAGUGCUGGAUCAAAACUUCUAGUUCAAGAACCAGUGAUGGAGGAACUAGUGAACAAACUGAAGGAACGUCUCACCCACUUCAGGGUAGGGAACAGCCUGCAAAAGAACAUCGACAUGGGAGCCUUAGUGGAUCAGUCUCAGUACAGGACUGUAGUAGAAUAUGUGGAGGAGGCCAGGCGUGAGGGGGCAGAGGUUUACCAGCCAAGUGGAGUGCCCCAGGUAGGCUGCUUCUAUCCUCCGACUCUCAUCACGAAUGUGCAGACCGUUUCCAGGGUCGUCCAGGAAGAGAUCUUUGGGCCUGUCUUGGUGGUGCUUCCAUUCAGGACAGCUAAAGAGGCCAUAGCUCUUGCCAACAACACCAAUUAUGGUCUGGGCGGCAGUGUGUGGACAGAGAAGAUCAGCCUAGCACUAGAGAUGGCGCUAAACAUCAAGGCAGGCACAGUCUGGGUCAACUGCCACAACAUGUUUGAUGCUGCUGCAGGGUUUGGCGGAUACAAGGAGAGUGGCUAUGGCAGAGAUGGUGGGAAGGAGGGUUUGUUUGAGUACACUAGACCAGCCUGGGAGGAGAGAGCCAGGCCAGAGGUUGGAGAUAUUGACUACAAGACAUUCGGUGCUACAUUGGCAGCCAGGCCUACCAUUACCAACAAUUCUUCCACAGAUAUUACAACAGAUGGUGUGACACUGCCCAGUAUUGACCGCACCUAUAAGAUGUACUAUGGUGGUGCCCAGAAGCGCCCUGAUGCUCCCUAUGCCAGGCCAGUAAUGGGUCCUAAUGGUAAAGUGCUGGCUCAUGUGGGUGAGGGGAACAGGAAAGACAUCAGGAAUGCAGUGGAAGUGGCGCAUAAAGCAGCACCAGGAUGGGGCAAGCGAGCAGCACACAACCGGGCCCAGAUAGUCUAUUACAUGGCGGAAAACUUGGAGCUACGUCGCCAGGAGGUGGCACAGAGGAUCUGCAGUAUGACAGGUCAGAAACUGGAGGCGGGGCUGCAGGAGGUGGACCUGGCCAUACAGAGGCUGUUCCACUGGGGCGCCUAUUGUGACAAGUAUGGAGGCACUGUGCAGGAAACCACCCUGUAUGGUUGCACAGUAAAGAUCCAUGAACCAGUGGGUGUCAUUGGCAUAGCUUGCCCUGAUGAGUAUCCUCUGCUGGGUUUUGUGUCCUUGUUUGCUCCAGCAGUUAUCCGUGGAAAUUGCAUUGUUAUUUUGCCGAGCGAGAAGUAUCCCCUGUCAGCCCUGGACUUGUAUCAGGUGUUUGAUACAUCUGACCUGCCAGGUGGGGUAGUUAAUAUCAUCACCGGAGACCGCGAUCAUCUCACCAAGUACCUCACUGAGCACCAAGACAUCCAGUCGGUGUGGUAUUUUGGCUCUGCGGAGGGGUCGAAGUUUGUGGAGUACACGUCUGCAGUCAAUGUCAAGCGCACCUGGGUCAACUAUGGGCUGUCCAGAAACUGGGCUGACCGGGAACAAGGUCAAGGUGAAGAGUUCCUGUACCAUGCAAUCCAGUGCAAGAAUAUCUGGAUUCCCAUGGGAGACAUCUUUGCUAAUUAGAAUGUUUUAUAUUUCAAAGAAACUAAAUUAAAGGUGUCCUGUCUGGGAUUUUCCUCACCAAAAAUAAUUUUCCAUGAAAAGAUAAGCAAUUUUCUCCCACUCACGAAUCAUUGUGCAGCCCUUCCCUUCACUUGGAUUUGGUGUUUUUUAUCAUUUCAAAUUAAAUGAUUUAGUUUCAAACAACUGGCCAGUCAUUUAGACCACCAUGUCUUCCUGUACAUUUUAGGAGGAAAUAUUGGCAUCAGGUACUUGAAUAUGAGGGGUUUUAUCAUUUUUAAGGUCUGAAUCAGGAAAUAAUCUGUAGCUUCUCAGGAUAUGUAAAUGUACAGAAAAUGCCCCUUAGUAAGAAAGAGCGACUUGUAUUGCAAGUAGGGAAUGAGAGAAUUUUUUUCAAAUUUAUUUUUUUUAAAUGAGAAGGUCUGAAAUUAGGAGAGGAGAUCAUAUAAUUGUAAUUUUAACUAAUUUUUAAAGAGCUAUCGAUAGUUUUUCAAACUAAGUAAAGAAAAAGAAAAACAUUUCUCUAAGACCAUAGACAAACUUGUGAGGCUAAAAGGGAGAAAAAUUAAAAGCACUGAAAAGAUUUUAUAUUUGCCUUGUCAAUGCACAAGACCUAGUCCAAAUCUUUGUGUUGCUGCAGAUAUGCUGGCACAUGUGCAACUUUCCCUGCACAAGUGUGUGUGGAUGAACUUAGUUUGAAAUAAUGGUCAACAACCAUCAAAGCUUGGACCUUAGGACCUACAAAAACCUUUCACGGUUAUUCUGGUUCUUCUAUUUCUGCAUGUCUUCACUUCAAGCUGUGCUUCCAGGCUGGCUUGGCUCAAAUUUCUGCAGCCUGGAAAAUCCAUUUAACCUUUUGUCACACGUUAGUGGUUUGUUUUGCGGCAGAAAUAAUAUCAUCUCACCUAGAAUUAUGUUAGAAAUAUCCACAAGGGAAUUCAGCGAGUGGUCUUUAUUCAAGCCUGGUUUGUAAAGGUUAACCUUUUGGCAAAAAGUGAAGUAAUGGAUUUAUGUGCAGUGAUGAUUGUCAACUUUGUGAUAUUUAUAACAAGUUGGCAUGACACAGUGGUACACCUUGAUGUCUCAUUAUCUGGUCUUGUCUUCUUUAUACGAAGCUCUUUUCCGCCAAACAUUGAUUUUUUUUUUUGACAAACGUCACCUACUGAUAGGAACAGAUAGAGCUAUUUUA